AUGACAGUUGACCCCCUUUCCCCUAUUGCGCCGGCGCGCCUACGGGUUCUAUUACUUCCCAUCGGCAGAAUCAGGCGAUCCAGAUUCUUAAGUUUUGCUGAGCGACUUCGAGCGCACAAUGUAGUUCGACUGGGAGAUGUGAGCCCAGAAGGGAGUUCAAGCAAGAAAACGUUUUCUCCGCUUGCCUACCCAUCUGGAAUGAUUAUCUACGACCUAUCUAUAUCCGUACCCCCUAUUUCCCACUUGGAGGUGUUUCCAUUUGAGCUCUUCAGGGAACCACUUGUCAUCCUUGCAAUUGCGGAUGGAGCUGAGAUUUCGGUAAAAAGAGGCCGGGAUGAAAAUGACUCGGUCAAGGAGAAGUCCAGUGGGACUGGACAAAAGAAGCACCCUACCCCCGAGGGACUCGACCAGCUUAUCCAAGAGCUAGAUGGAAUAAACGAGGACUACCCCAAAUCUGUCCUUCAACAGCUGUUAAUUUUCGAUUACAAUGGAUUAGAAAACAUAGUUCCGGGCCCCGAGCAAGUGAUCUGGAUACCUAGCCGGGAGGCAUCACGUCCAACUACGAUGAAGACGGUAAUGUGUGACAUAUCCGCUCGGGUUCUGGGAGCGCUACAAAUAUUCUCAGAAUCAUUACUGCAAUGGCAAAGUAUUGAAUCUCCAAAGGUUUUAUCUUGGGGCCCACGACGGAUUUUAGAUUCCAAGUCACCCGACAAACUCUCCCACAGAAUGACGAUGCCCGCACAUCUACCGUCACGACCAACCGAGCAGCCUUUGGAAGGUGCCAACUCGCCCCCUACUAUCAGUCAUGAAUCUCCUACCACAUUCGAUGAGAUUACCCGUUCAAUCCAAAUAUCAAACAAGGCCCUCAGCUCUAAUUCCAACCCCAGAUCAAACGAACAUAGUCGAGAUCGAUCAUCGGUGGCAGGAGUUUCUAACAUUGCUUCUAAUGAAAAAGCAAAAGCUCGUUUCCAGGGUCGCCUUCAUGUCCUUACCGGUAUACUCUAUCUCCAAGGCGGCUUAUGGCCCGAUGCACUCAAAGAACUUAUAGAAGGCGCUGCCAUUGCUAGAUCAGGGAGUGAUUAUAUAUGGCAUGCGAAGGCCCUAGAAGCGAUACUUAUCUGCCUGCUCAUGUUUGGAUGGGUGGGCGCGAAUUUCCAGAUUCCGCAUAUAUGUUUCCCUAACGGUGACAGGACCAUGCCAAAGGCUACACUCGCUCAAGGAAACGUUGACUCUCAUGGAAAGUCAGAACCUGAAGCCAGAGCGUUGGCUCUUCAUAAUCUCGCAAGCAUUCUUCCUGACAUCUCAAACUAUAUAUUAAGCCUCUAUAACCGAGCGAUCAAUAUAACAGAUGAACCGCUUCCCCAGCUAGUGUUCUCGGAAACAGUCAUAAGGCUUGCAAAGCUCCUGACAACCAUGCAAGUGCGUGAUGGUUCUCUUGAUGCUGAGGGUUUACAACACAUAGUCUUGAAUAAACCACUGGAGCGCGCGCCACUACCUGACCAACAAAGAAAAUCCAACACUUUCCGCAAAACAGAGAUUACAUCUUUCUUAUUCCGUGCCCUUCCAUCUUCUCUGUCUUCCGAUGUUCCCGUGACAGAUGCUGUUCAAAUAUUUAUUGGUGUGGCUGCUGUCUUGUCGCCUUUAGGAAUGGAGCGAAAGCGGGCAUUCGUUUUAAAAGAGCUCUUUUCAAUACUUAUCCCUGGCCUUGUACAAGCUAGAAAAAUUGGUGCCGCCGAAAUUGGCAUUCAUCCGGCUGCAGGGUUAUCUGCUCUUACCAACUCCUCUUUUGACAUAAAUGCUUUGGACAUUGGCCCAGCAAAUAUGGAAGCCGGUCUCAGAUCUGUUUUGUCUCUCGUUGGAGGAGUUUACGGUGCUAAGCUUGCCAAUGGACGGCAAAAUGGCAGACCGCAAGAUCACGGGCAUGAUUUUGACUUUGACUCAGCUGAGGCAAUUAUUGAGCGUACAUUUCAAAAUUCUGCUCUCGAUACAUACGGCGACUUAGCUUUGAAGAUUGAAAUACUCAAAUCCUGUAUCAACUUCUGUGAGGCAUUGCCUGACUUUUCAGGGGUAUUGACGUUUACUGUUGCCUUGUUACAAGCUGUCAAGGGCACAUAUAUGCUCACCACAAACCCUCAGAAGGGCAGGCCACUUCUGAGCCAAGACGAACAAACACGUUUAUACAAUACAGUUAAGCGCACAGUCAGCGUUGCACACAAGCUUGGAGUACCGGAUUUGGAGGCCGAAUACUGGGACGAUUUCUUAGUUCGCGAUGUUCUAUUCCAGCCUUCUAGUGCGGAGCGCCCUGUUCGACGGACGAAGCAAGAUUUUGGGGUUACCUUCAGUACCGAAGAGGGCAGUGAAACGGAACCCUUUAUCUACAACGCAUUCUCCAAGCCCCUUACUCCAACAGCCGAGGCACCGUUGAUUGCCGGUGAGCCUGCAAUCGCGAGGGUCGUUCUACAAAACCCAUUCGACUUUGAACUUGAGAUUGAACACAUUAGUCUUGAAGGCGAAGGCAUUGCCUUUGAAGCGAGUGCUUCAAAUUUGCUCCUUGCUCCAUUUUGUCUCCAGGAAAUUGAGAUUACUUUAUUGCCUGGCGAGGAAGGCCUGCUUAAGAUUACGGGAUGCACUGUUAAAGUAAAGUUCUGCCGAGAAAGGCGAUUCCCAAUCUUCAAGAAGUUAUGGAAAUCUGCCGUCGAAGCUAAACUAAAACGCAGCGGAUUGGCGGCCAAGGACCCUUCGUUGUCACGACCUAUCUCAUGGAGUUCAAAUGCGUCACAAGGGGCAUUACCUUUGAGGAAACUGCCAGAAGCUGCGUCUUUAUCUGCCAACGUUAUCAAAGCACAACCCAUGAUCGAAGUGCGAAGCUCUUCGCUUUUGCAAUCCGCAGUCAUGAUGCUAGAAGGGGAGACUAGUUUGUUUGAGAUUACACUAUACAACUCAUCUAACUGCCCAGCUGAUCUCCUUCUAUUUACGUUCCAAGAUUCUACAACGGCGCAUCUGCAGGCUGCGUUAAACAAUAAAGACAAUCUGCCUACGGAAAUAUACGAGUUGGAAUAUCAGAUGCUGAAAAGGCCUCCAUUACGCUUACGGUCCUCCGGCCCAGGGCAAGAAAUACCAUCUCUUGACCCCGGUGAGUCAAAGACUCUUGCAAUCGAAAUCCUAGGCAAGCCGGGCCUGAGAACUGCCACUAUACAGGUUGACUAUGCAUGUAUUGGCGCACCGCCUUCCGAACUUCCAGACUCGUUCUACGCCAGGCAGAUUAGUAUACCCUUAACUAUCACCGUCAAUGCUAGCUUGAAUAUCGCUCGGUGCGAGAUUUUACCUUUUAAUGGCCAUCUUGGGUGGAUUGGUGACGCAUCUUCUGUGAGCAAUCCAGAGAAGCAGUCAACAUCAAAUGCUGUCUUAUCGGACUCCUCAAUGGUUUCUACCAAGGACCGAACAGAUCCACAAAUAUCACCUGUUAUAUCUCAACUAGGGUCGAAAUACACGGGAUCUGACUACUGCCUACUGCUUAUAGACCUACGAAACUCGUGGCCUAAUCCAAUAUCCGCUAACCUAAAAGCCACCGACCCGACUGAGGAAACAACCGAUAACCCCGAAGCUGGCACUUCGACUCCACAUUUACAAGAAGUUUCUGACAUACUGCAGCCCGGACACCUCUCUCGCUUUGCCCUAGCUAUUCCACGGAUAUAUCUAGAUGACCCCCACGAGAAAAUUCCAGCUCUAAAUGCUGCAAACCGGCGACAGUUUGUUGUUAGUGCUAAUAAACUCAGUUAUGAGGCAGAAACCGCCAAAAGAGAAGCAUUCUGGCUUCGUGAAAAGAUGUUUGAGAACCUCAACGGAACCUGGAGAGAUGAAGUUACAGGCCGUGAGGGAGUUAUUGAUUUCCGUACGAUUGUUUUAAAUAAUCGUAUGAUCAGUGCACUCCGAGUAGACGACCUAGAGCUAAGCUUUAUGCUGCUGCCUCUGCAGAAAACGGGCGAUGCGAUGUCCUGCGGUGACCAGAACCAAACCAUUCUACAAACAGGCCAGUCAAGGUUUUCUGUUUCAACUGACACAUUCUUCAAUCUUCAAACUACGAUUUUCAACCGCUCUUCAAAACCUAUUCAUCCCAUUAUUCGGUUACAACCAACCUUACGCAACCAACCGUAUACUGUUGCACUCGAACUAUCAAGGCGGCUGUCUUGUACAGGGAUGCUUCAACGAGCCCUUCCACUUCUGGGCCCAAGGGAACGAAGACGAAUCAACCUUGGCAUUACUAUUCACUGUGCUGGAGAGUACGAAAUUCGAGCUACAGUGGAGGAAGUGAAGGCCGCAAACACGAUCAUGGCAUUGACCGAAGAGAAAGCUGCUCCCUCGUCCGAUAAAUAUGCAUACCAUCACGACAACUACCAGCAAUCUUUCGAUACCGGUACACCGCGACAGAGACGCAGGUGGAAUUCUCGACUACCAUGUAUAAUAUCAGCACGGGAGAGCCUCGUGUAA